AUGACUAACUUUUCAGUUCCUGACGUAUACUACAACAACGAUCCGACAUCGUUUGCGUUCUCCACCGCCCAUGCGCGUUGGCCCAAGAUUGUCAAGGGAACAAUUGCUGACGUAUUGCUGGAAAUUGAGUCUCAGCACAAUAAGGAUGCUGAAGUGGUUUCACAAGCAAAGUCGAUCCUUCAACUUCUAGAAGGCUUGCUUCACGACAUCACCAACGAUGGCCCUAUUGAGCCAUUCACCGCCAUCCUUCCUGGUCUCGACUCCUACAACGAGGUGAUUGGCUCGUGGGAUUCACCAAAGACUUGGCUUACCGGACCCUGGCUUUUCACAGAGUGCUACAUGUACAGGAAAAUUGACUCUUUCUUCAAGUCCAACUCCAAGUUCCAAGAGUACGACGUGUUCAACCGUCCUAAGCGUGAAACAUUCAAAUCGUCCACCCUGGGGAUCUACGAGUUAAUUCUUCGUUAUCAUCAACUUCACGACCAGAUAGUCGCAAAAGGAGCACAGAAUUUGGACCAGGAAUCGUUGAAGCUGCUCUUUGAAGAGUUUGUCGAUGUCUCCCUGUGGGGUAAUGCCACUGACCUUUCGUUGCUUGCAAAUGCCACCUUAGAUGAUAUCAAGGCGGUUCAGGGCAAGGAGGCACGUGCCAAGUCUGCGAAGAACAUUCUGGCCAACGAUCUUGAUCAAGCAUGGUCCCAGUUGUUGUCUGUUCCUUUGGAGAAGAGAAGGGUCGAUUUUGUGUUAGAUAACGCUGGAUUUGAGCUCUUCACUGACUUGGUCCUGUCAUUAUUUCUGCUGGAUUCUCAACUCACUUCUCAGGUAGUUUUCCACUGCAAGACGAGACCAUGGAUGGUCAGUGACACCAUGAUCAAAGAUUACCAUAUUUUGAUAGACGAUCUUCAAAACCCUGAGUUAUUCCCCGACCAUCUUGACGAGGUGAAGUUUUUUGUGGCACAGUUAGAGAAGUAUAGAGAAUCUGGCAAGUUUAAGCUUGUGGACUCAGAAUUUUGGACUGUCGGACUGGAUUACCAAAGUUUAUCUCCCAAGGACACUAAGCACUACGGAGCGCAGGCAUUUGAGCUGGUGAAAGAUUCUUCUCUGCUUAUUUUCAAGGGAGAUCUGAACUAUAGAAAGCUCACAGGUGACCGAAAAUGGCCAAGAUCAACACCAUUCACGACGGCUAUUGAAAACCUUGCCAAAUCUGGACUCAAGAUUUUUGCUCUGAGAACUUGCAAAGCUGAUGUCUGCGCAGGGUUGGCUCCGGGCAAAGAUGAAGAGUUGAGCGAAUUCUGGAGAUCACAAGGAAACGAGAUUGGUGAACUCUGGUGCUCUUCUGGAAAGUGGGCUGUGAUCAGUUUCAGCAAAGGCGAUCUGCAAUAG